CCUGCUCACUACAAGAAAAAGGACAAAUCAGCUAUUUUCUGCAAAAUUGCUACAGAGGAUGAGUUCAGUAAAUAGAUCUGAUACUCUGAGAUCUCUUCACUAAAAUGGAGAUUAAGCAAGACUCUACAAGUUAAAAUGCCUAUUGUAGAAAAUAAAGAAUUGAUCACUGCUACAAUGAAAACUUGGCUCUUAUUGACAACUGGAUUGUUCUAUCUGUCUCCCUGUUUGUGCCGGAAAGAAAAGAAGUAUGGCAACAGUAGUUUGGACUUUCAACAUGAUAAAUCACUACCCAUUAGGACUUUCUAUGGCACUCCACAAGAUAUGUAUGAGCCGAUACCUAUUUCCGCCCUAGAUGGACUGACAAAGCCCUAUCACAAAAAAGAAAAGUGUCCUAUGGAAAUAUCCAACAUCUCAUCACUGAAAGUAAAUAAUGUCACCAUGGAGUACCUUACUAGCUCACUGAGUGUGAAGAUGUUACCAGCUAUAUACAUAGCAGUUGUCUUAAUAGGAGUACCAGCCAAUGUCGCAACACUGUGGAUGCUGUUUUUCAGAAUCAGAUCAGUCCGUACUGCCAUAUUCUACACAAAUUUGGCUAUUUCAGAUUUCCUUUUCUGUAUAAUGCUGCCAUUCAGAAUUGCAUACCACCUGAAUGGCAAUAACUGGAUAUUCGGAGAAGGAAUGUGUCGAAUCAUGACUGCUGUCUUCUAUGGAAAUACAUAUUGCUCCACCCUGCUUCUCACGGGUAUCAGCAUCAGCCGUUACGUGGCCAUUGUUCACCCGUUUACCUUCAGGACUCUACCUAAAAAGUUCUUAGCUACUUUAACUUGUUGUGUGGUGUGGACGGUUGUUUUUUUAUAUAUGCUGCCUUUGAUAAUCAUGAAACAAAGCUAUCGUCUGGACCAACUAAAUAUCAUUACCUGCCAUGAUGUUUUUAAUGUUUGUGAAACUAUGCUUCCUUUCCAACACUACUACUAUAUCUUCCUUGCAGUAUUUGGAUUUAUGAUUCCACUUUGCAUUGUUAUUUUUUGUUACAUUUCCAUUAUUCAAACACUCAAGGCUUAUGAACAAAAGUGGUUCUGGUACAUCAAAGUUAGUCUUCUUGUGCUCAGCAUUUUUGCUAUUUGUUAUAUUCCUAGCAAUGUUAUACUGAUUGCUCAUCAUCUGAAUUAUUAUUAUCGUUCUAAAGAUAAUUUAUAUUUCUUUUAUUUGAUUACUUUAUGCCUAAGCAGUCUGAAUAGUUGUCUUGAUCCUUUCCUUUAUUUCAUGAUGUCCAAAAUCAAUGACAACACCAAGACCUAUCUCACCAUGGUUAAAAUAGCUCAGGAAGAAAAAACAUGACACAUCUCUCCUGUGAUAUUUGAUAGUUACAAAUACAUAAAUUUUUGAAAAAAAAAACCUAUUUAAGACUUCUAUUUUUAUAAUGUCAAACAUCAAAUUAUAUGCAAAUACUUAAAGCUAUUCAUAUUUAUUUCGCUGGGGAAAAUGUUUAAUCCCCAGGGUUAAAAGUUAUACUUUUACUUUGGUUUGAUCAUGCUUUGGUUGUAGCAUAUCUUCAUAAUUGACAACAAAAAAUAAAUAGGCCUGGCCUUUUUUUCCCCCAGCAAUGAGUGAUUCUUUAAAUUUAAGCAAUGUUAUAUUUCUAACAUGUCUCAAAAAUAUUUUACAUUAUGAUUUAAUGUUUAGUUUUAAUGAUUACUUGGCUAAAUGUGAAUGCUAUUAAUUAUCAUAUUAAUUAAGAAUCUUCAACUUGUUGACCAACUUAGUAUUUAAUCCUUUUAAAAAAAUCAACAAGGUAGUAAUACACACACACACACACUUUAUUUAAGCAGUGAAGCUACUGAUUACACAAACAUUUGGAAGCUGAAGGCUUUAAGAGCCUUUCAUGUUCAUAGUCCCAGUGGAAGGCGUUUGUGUAUCACAGGGGGUUAGACUACCUCCAAGGUCCCUUCCAAUUCUGUUAUUCUAUUAGCCCAGCUGCACCAAGCCCUAAAGGAUGUAAGCCACAAAAUUCUUUGAGAAGUGUUAAGUUCCAUGCAGCCAUGUCACAAGGAAAUCAGUCUUCUAAAGCCUUACCCUGUUUCCCUGAAAAUAAGACCUCCUCCCUGGAUAAUAAGCCCAAUCAGGCUUUUAAGCACAUAUGCU